AUGGUUCAGUUCAGUGCGUGCCCACAAAACCAGCGGACGUUCCGGGCACCAAUCGAUCUUACUGGACAUCUUCGAACCAACUACAUCAUUUGGACGACACCAUCCGAUAUCCUCCCGCCCACCUUUGACUUGCCAACCACACCCACGGUCAACACUGACCGCACUCCUGAAAACCCACUGCCAUUCUCCUUCAUAGCCUCAACAUCCGCUGCUGCGGCUCCUGCACACACCGCCGCUGCACUCAAUCCUAACGUACCGACAAACAUCAAUCUCACCACCGACGACGCCAACGAUGUGGACUCGGUCCACACCUGCCCUUAUUGCGGUCGCACCGUCACUUCACACAUCAGCCUGGUCGGUCACUUGCGAAUCCGUCGCGCAGAGACUGGCGAACCAGUGCCUGGAGCACCCACAUACACCCGCUGCAUCCGCCCCAACCGCCCUCAACGCAUCCGCACAUUCACUCGCCGCAUUCAUGAAAACCUGCGGAAGACAACCGCCGGCCGCGUCACACCAUCACAUCUUCCCUCACCAGCGCAUGCACCACAACAUCAUCCAUCGUAA